UCUGAAAUCAACAUAAAUGUUUGAAAUUGAAAUUUAGUUGGUGUUCCUGCUGCAUAAAAUUGUAUUUUCUUAAAGGCCACACUUAAAUAAUCUCGAGAAAUGUAUUUAAUAUCAACGGGGAAGACUACUGUGCUUUCGGAUUUUAUUAAUUUAGAUACAAAAUCUAUUUAUCAGCAUGCAAAUGGAGAAACAACGGAUUUUCAGUUUUACGCCCGACAGCGUAUUUUCCUGGAGGUGAACAAAAAGUCAGGUCUGGAAAUUAUGCGAAUUAAGGAUAAAGGCAAUAACAAUUUAAAUAUUCAACGAGUACGCAAACUAAAUAUCGGAAAUGUCUACAGUGCCGCUUGCGCAAAACAAUCGAUGGAAGAAAUGGCUUUUGGUGGAGUAAAUGGGCAAGUUAGCAUAUACAAUUAUAAAAACUCUGAGCUGAUACAUCGGUUUAAAGCCGAUAAUAAUCGUAAUAGCGUUUUGUAUUUGGAUUACAAUGGUACGGAUGAGUAUAUAUCUUCUGUGUUUGAAAAUGGCCAAAUCAAUAUAUACGGAACCAAAACAAAGACUAAAAUCGAUAGCGUAAACAUAGAUGGCAACUCUACUUUGGCUCGCUUUCACCCUACCAAACGUUUCCAAUUUUCUAUAGCAUCAUUUAAGGGCGCUGUAACAGUUUAUGAUUUGCAAACUAAACGCAAAAUAUUUAAUUUAAAUGAUGCACACGCUUCGCCCUGUCGCGAUUUAUGCAUGUCCGCUGCAACACCUGAUUCUCUAAUAAGCGUCGGCUACGAUUGUAUUGUUAAUGUGUUCGACACGCGACGUAGAACACCACAAAUGAAACUAAAUCAUCCUCAUCCCCUGUCAACGGUGGCAAUGAGUGGUUGUGGCACAUACUUUUGUGUGGGAAAUUUAAAGGGUGAAUUGAUUUCAUAUGAUAUACGGAGUGUUAAAAAAUGCUUAGCAACCAAAAAAGUGCAUGAUUGUUCUGUUACAAGGCUGUCAUUUGUGCCGCUAUCUGAAGAUGACGGAAGUACUACUUCAAGUUUCAGCGGUAUAAUAGCUAACAAUACUGACAGUCCAACGGAAUAUCUUGGCGAACAACAAAAAUCAACCGCAACAAUGCGACAACGCGACUCCUUUUGUGAUUUCCUAGAUUUUCAGUCGAAUAAAUUAGAUCGCAUGUCGGCUCGUUUCACGAUGCGACGUGACAGUUUUGAUUGGGAUACACUUGGACGGAAACCAAAAACCGAGGAUACCACCCCAACCUCAGCGAAACUUAAUGGGAGCAGUGAAAACCUUAAUGAAUCUGCUGAAAAAUCGACUGAAAAUAUUUCCAAUGGAAAAUUAAAUAUGAGUUUCGAUUAUGUUAAUACACGGCGUAAGAACUUGGAGGACGGUAAAAAACAAUUUACGACUCCAUUACGCGACCGGAAUAGUAUAUCGAAACUGGUUACUAAUUUGAAACAAAUUGAAGAAGAGGAAUCCUCUCACAUACUACAUCAAAACAAUGUUAGCAAUAAUAGUGACAAAGAGAAUCCAUCAAAUGCGGAAAUGCAUUUCGACACCCACGGUCAACUGGAUAAACCGUUAAAUGCGUACAGUAGCACUCCGAUAGAUAGCAUAAAAGUUAAGAAAGUAGAUCAAAUAAAAUCAGAGGUAAUCAACGAAAAUAAUAAUGUGGAAGCUGUAAAUACUACAGAAAAUAAUCAUUUAGAGGAGGUGAAUAUUACUGCCACACCAGGCGAUAUUUUAAAGCACAUCACAGAUUUGCGCUUGGAAAUGAAUACACGGUUUCAAAAACUAGAAUCGGAAAUAAAAUUUAAUGCUGAGCAAAAUAAGUGGCAAAUCUUUACGCAAAUGGCUGACAUUUGGGCACGACAAAUGAACACUAGUGAAGAUAUACGUGAUGCACUGAGCUAUCUGCUGCAAACUGAUCCUUUUGUCAACGAAUUUUUGCGUUUGAAAGAUGAAAACGAAUUACUGAAAGCACAGCUCCAGCAAAUCAUGGAGAAAAAGUAGGUAAAUGACUUUGUUAUAGGCAACUCUUCGUUUAAAAUAAUUAAUUAAAAAUAUUUUAAAUAUAAUGUAGUGAAUUAAGUAAACGCACUGAGUAGAAACUUAUUAAAACGAAAUUGUAUUUCAUUUAUUGCAUAAUUCCACGAAAAAAGACUUUAUGCUGCCAAACAGAAAUCAUACACAUAGAAAUAAGGAUUAACUGAAAAAUAAUUAAAUGAUUAACAUAAUUGUAUACUUUAUUAGUGCAAAUAUAAAGUUUUGCCAGUUAAUAAAUGGAGUUUUAAAAAAUUACCUCAAA